AUGGAGGACUUCCACAUCUGUCCAGUGAGCAGCUACUACAAGAGGAUCCUUCUCCCUGCCUCUUACAGUCUGGUGUUCGUGCUGGGUCUGACUCUAAACGGCGCCCUGCUGUGGUGCGUGUGUUGCCGGACGCGUUGCUGGAGCAGCACGGUCAUCUACAUGACCAACCUGGCCGUGGCGGACCUCCUCUACGUGCUGUCCUUGCCCCUUCUCAUCAUCAGCAACGCCCGCGGGGACCUGUGGCCCUUCGGCGACGUCAUCUGCAAGUCGGUCCGCUUCUUCUUUUUCGUCAACCUCCACUGCAGCAUGAUGUUCCUCGCCUGCGUCAGCGUGCACCGGUUCAUCGGCGUGUGCUUCCCCAUCGCCGCCGUGCGCCUCAGGACCAAGCGGCUCGCUCUCUUUACGUCUGGCGCGGUUUGGGUCCUGGCCACGGCGGAGAUCUUACCCACGCUUGUCUUUGCGCACACGGGAGUGAUCAACAACAUGACCGUGUGCUUUGAAAUGACCAACCCGAAGCAAUUUGGCGUGUACUUCCCCUAUGGACUGUUCUUAGCCAUAGUGGGGUUUCUCGUUCCAUUCCUGCUCGUUGUCACAUGUUACUGCUCCAUGAUGAAGGUGCUUUACUGCAGGGCCGCUGGCACCAUCUCCAACACCACGACGGCUCUUGUGCGCAACAAGUCACUGUCCACCGUCUUGCUCGUGUGCCUCGUGUUUGUGGUGUGUUUUGUGCCAUACCACGUUACGCGCACUGUGUACCUGUUCGUGAGGGUGUACAUGCCCGCGGACUGUCAACUGGUAAACGUGGUAAUGAUCUCCUAUAAAGUCUGGAAACCGGUGGUGAGUUUCAACUGCUGCGCAAACCCCCUCCUUUACUUCUGGGGCUCCUAUCGGCGCAGACAGAAGCUGCGGGCCUGGCUGUGCAGGAGGAAGAAGAGGGUGCAGCCCAGUGUGUGUGUAGUGGAUGUGGGCAGCAGAAACAGGUCCGGAGGGUAG